AUGGCAGCUCCGGAGGAGAGCGAAGUCUUUCUUUCCAGAGAGCUCCACGCCGUGACCACAGACUCAGCAUCCAGGAGCCGUGCGUCGAUUCGAUUGGCCGCUUUGGGCUGCAUCGGCGCCCUCGCCUGCUCUCUGGCCGUGCUCGGCCACUUCAGAAGCUCGCUUCCACGGGCCGGACUUCUACUGCGUGGAACCGGCCUUAUGCGAGGCUACGAGGACGACUGCUUCAAAGUUGGCAUGUACUAUGCGGGACCUGCCAGGCUGCCAUCACUGCCACGAACAGUGCAGCCAGAUGCACAGGCAUGCCAGGCCGAGUGCAUGAUGCAGAUGGGUUGUCAGUAUUUUACGUUCUGGCCGGAUGGUGGCUGCCUGCUUACCGGCUGGGGUGCAACGUUGAAGGCGGCUCCAACCCGCUUCGCUCAAACCGUCACGGGGCCAAAGGAAUGCCCCCUGACACGUCCCACCGCUAUGGAUGAAAGCCCGGCGCUGGAGGAGUGGGACCCAAGUGUGGAUGGCGCCGCGCCGGCACCACCGACGCUGCCGCGCGAUCCAGAGUUCCAGAUCGUGGUAGCUGGGCAGCUGCCUGGGGUCAACGGAACCCACUGUGCCGCAUAUCCGGCCUGCAGAGCUGUGAAGAUGAGUGGUGACUGCUGUCCAAAUGCCGAAGGGGUCGUGCUGGACUGCUGCGGAACAAGCGUGACCAGCAGUACCUUCCCGUAUGGGAACCGGAUGCCUCCACGUUCGGAUUUUGCUGCCUUGGAGGAGUCAGGAUUGGAAUACCUCUUUUGGACCCGCGGGUGGACGCUGCCAAUGAAGCAGUAA